UUUGGGGGAAGCCUUUGACGGGGUCCAUCGGCGGUUCACACGGAAACCAAAGCUAAUGACCGAUGUUUGUUAUGCUACAAGUUGCAGUAUGCCUGCUGAACGCAAGCGCUCAGUAAACAUGGACGAGAAAGAUGUUUGCCCCUUCGGCGGCAAGGACAAAGAGAAGGAGCGAGACGGCGACAGAAGACCGGGAUCUGCUCGGGACAAAGCGAAAGACGAGGCCAAAAUGAGCGGUAAAAAGGACGGGGGCAAGGAGGAGAAGAGAAAGCGCCUCGAGGAAGAGAAGAAGAAGAAAGAGGAAAAGGAUCGACGAAAGAAGGAGGAGGAAAAACAGAAGGCAGAGGAGGAGCUGAAGAAGAAAGAGGAGGAGGAGAAGAAGCAGCAGGAGGAGGAGGAGAAGAAGCUUCAAGAGGAGGAGGCCAAACGACAGCGCGAGGAAGAGGCCGCUCUCCUCAAGGAGAAGGAGGAGAGCCAUCAGCUGCACCAGGAGGCCUGGGAGCGCCAUCAGUGCAGGAAAGACCUUCGAAGCAAGAACCAGAACGCCUCAGAGGGUCGGCCCGAGGAGGCGUUCUUCAGCCGCCUGGACUCCAGCCUGAAGAAGAACACCGCCUUCGUCAAGAAGCUGCGCACGCUCACCGAGCAGCAGCGAGACUCGCUCUCCAACGACUUCAACUCGCUGAACCUCAGCAAGUACAUCGGCGAGGCCGUGAGCUCCGUGGUGGAGGCCAAGCUGAAGAUCUCCGACGUGGGCUGCGCGGUCCACCUGUGCUCCCUCUUCCACCAGCGCUACACCGAGUUCGCUCCGUUGCUGCUGCAGGCCUGGAAGAAACACUUUGAGGCGAGGAAGGAGGAGAAGGCGCCCAACGUGAGCAAGCUGCGCACGGACCUGCGCUUCAUCGCCGAGCUCACCAUCGUCGGCCUCUUCACAGACAAAGAGGGGCUCUCUCUCAUCUACGAGCAGCUGAAGAACAUCAUCGGGACGGACCGCGAGACGCACACCCACGUGUCGGUGGUGAUCAGCUUCUGCAAGCACUGCGGGGACGACAUCGCCGGUCUGGUCCCCCGCAAGGUGAAGCUGGCCGCCGAGAAGUUCAGCCUGGCCUUCCCUCCGAGCGAGAUCAUCAGCACGGAGAAGCAGCAGCCCUUCCAGAACCUUCUGAGGGAGUACUUCACUUCACUCACCAAACACCUGAAGAAAGACCACCGCGAGCUGCAGAACACGGAGAGGCAGAACAGGCGGAUCCUGCACUCUAAAGGGGAGCUCAGUGAGGACCGGCACAAGCAGUAUGAAGAGUUUGCAACUUCCUACCAGAAGCUUCUGGCCAACACUCAAUCCCUCGCCGAUCUGCUGGACGAGAACAUGCCGGAUCUGCCUCAGGACAAGACCGUGCAGGAGGAGCACGGCCCCGGCAUAGACAUUUUCACGCCUGGUAAGCCCGGAGAGUACGACCUAGAGGGAGGCAUCUGGGAGGACGAAGAUGCUCGUAACUUCUACGAGAACCUGGUGGACCUGAAGGCCUUCGUUCCUGCCAUCCUCUUCAAGGACAACGAGAAGAGCAACCAGGGCAAAGACAAGGACGAAGCCAAAGACGGCAGAGAGGGGAAGGACUCGGCCACCACCACCGAGGAGCUGGAGCUGGAGCUCGAGGCUCUCGACAUCACAGAUGAACCUCUCGAGCUGGAGGGACCAGACGAGGCAGAAAAUGAAGAACUGGCAAAAAAACUGCUGGAUGAGCAAGAACAAGAGGACGAAGAGGCCAACACAGGGUCCCACCUGAAGCUCAUUGUGGACGCCUUCAUCCAGCAGCUCCCAAACUGUGUCAACAGAGACCUCAUCGACAAGGCUGCCAUGGACUUCUGCAUGAACAUGAACACAAAGUCCAACAGGAGGAAACUCGUGCGAGCUCUCUUCACUGUCCCCAGGCAGAGGUUGGAUCUCCUGCCCUUCUACUCCCGCCUGGUCGCGACUCUUCAUCCCUGCAUGUCGGACGUGGCCGAGGACCUGUGCUCCAUGCUGAAGGGAGACUUCAGGUUUCAUAUCCGGAAGAAGGACCAGAUCAACAUCGAGACAAAAAACAAAACGGUCCGAUUCAUCGGGGAGCUGGCCAAGUUCAAAAUGUUCUCAAAAACAGACACGCUUCAUUGUCUCAAGAUGCUGCUGUCAGAUUUCACCCAUCAUCACAUCGAGAUGGCCUGCACGCUGCUGGAGACCUGCGGACGCUUCCUCUUCAGAUCCCCCGACUCUCACCUGCGUACCAGCGUCUUACUGGAGCAAAUGAUGCGUAAGAAGCAGGCUCAGCAUCUGGACGCCCGCUACGUCACGAUGGUGGAGAACGCCUACUACUACUGCAACCCUCCGCCCGUGGAGAAGACGGUGAAGAAGAAGAGGCCGCCGCUGCAGGAGUACAUCCGCAAGCUGCUCUACAAAGACCUGUCCAAGGUGACCACGGAGAAGGUGCUGCGGCAGAUGAGGAAGCUGUCGUGGCAGGACCCCGAGGUGAAGAGCUACCUGAUCUGCUGCAUGGUCAACAUCUGGAACGUCAAGUACAACAGCAUCCACUGCGUCGCCAACCUGCUGGCCGGCCUGGUGGCCUACCAGGAGGACGUGGGCAUCCACGUGGUGGACGGCGUGCUGGAGGACAUCCGACUGGGCAUGGAGGUCAAUCAGCCGAAGUUCAACCAGCGGCGGAUCAGCAGCGCCAAGUUCCUGGGCGAGCUCUACAACUACCGCAUGGUGGAGUCCGCCGUCAUCUUCCGCACCCUCUUCUCCUUCAUCUCCUUCGGGAUCAAUCAGGACGGCAGCCCGAGCUCGCUGGACCCCCCGGAGCACCUGUUCCGCAUCCGCCUGGUCUGCACCCUGCUCGAUACCUGCGGGCAGUACUUCGACCGCGGCUCCAGCAAGAGGAAGCUCGACUGUUUCCUCAUCUACUUCCAGCGGUACAUCUGGUGGAAGAAGAGCACUGAAGUCUGGACCAAGGACCACCCGUUCCCCAUCGACAUCGACUACAUGAUCAGCGACACCCUGGAGCUCCUCCGGCCCAAGAUGAGGCUCAGCUGCUCCCUGGAGGAGGCCACCAAGCAGGUCACCGAGCUGGAGAGGGAGGUGCUCGUCAAACUGGGUCUAGCGAUGGAGAAAGACGGCCGCUCCAGCGCCAUGAGCGAAGGCGAGGGUCUGGACGAGGACGACGAGGACGCCGACGACGACGAGGAGGGCGGCGCCGAGACGGAGGAGCAGUCGGGCAACGAGAGCGAAAUGAACGAGCAGGAAGAGGAUGAAGGAUCUGAGAACGACGAGGAGGAGAGGGAGGAAGAGGAGGAAGAGAACACAGACUACCUGACCGACUCCAAUAAAGAAAAUGAAACGGAUGAGGAGAACAAUGAGGUCACCAUCCGAGGAGGAGGACUGAAGCACGUAGCCUGUGCCGAGGACGAAGACUUCAUUCAGGCUCUGGACAAGAUGAUGCUGGAAAACCUGCAGCAGCGGAGCGGCGAGACGGUGAAGGUGCACCAGCUGGACGUGGCGAUCCCGCUGCAGCUGAAGAGUCAACUGAAGAAGGGGAGCUCUGGACAGCCGUGUAUCGGGGAGGGAGACUCGGACAUCUCGGACACGAUGCAGUUUGUCAUGCUGACGCGCAAAGGCAACAAACAGCAGUAUAAGAUCCUGAACGUCCCCCUGUCGUCCCACCUGGCGGCCAAUCACUUCAACCAGCAGCAGGCGGAGCAGGAGGAGCGCAUGAGGAUGAAGAAGCUCACGCUGGACAUCAACGAGCGGCAGGAGCAGGAGGACUACCAGGAGAUGAUGCAGUCUCUGGCUCAGCGUCCCGCUCCGGCCAACACUAACCGCGAGCGUCGGCCUCGCUACCAGCACCCGAAAGGCGCUCCCAACGCCGACCUCAUCUUCAAGACCGGAGGAAGGAGACGCUGAUUGGAGUCUGGGCCCAGACUGAUCGAGCGAGCGAGCAAGAGAGCGAAUGAUCGAGCAAAAAAGAGAGAGAAAGAAAAAAGAAGAUCGGAGGGGGAAACCGGUCGAAAUCAGGGAACGAGUCCUCCAGUCGCCCGCACGUGCCGGCACAGACCAAAACCCCGCUGACCCUGAACACACACUCUGACGAGGCUGAGGGGGCCCGAGAGGAAGAGGAGGAGGAGGAGGAGGACGCCAAAUCGGAGCCGGAGGUCAGAAGUCUGUCACACACGAUGGCUCUCUUUCUGUUUUUGUAGCCUGAGACAUAAAAAACCGUCUGGACCAGAGAACGAAACUACAAACAAAGAUGGCCGAAGUCCCGAGCGGUCGUCUUGACGGUGAGACAGACGGGAGGGGGCGUGAUGAAGAAGGAGCCGCCUCACUGACUCAUGAUUAAGGAGUUAAAACAACCUGUGAGUGGAAAACAUUUUCAUGACACUAGCGAGGAGUCGUUUCUGUUUUUGUUUUUUUUUUGGACUUCUGAAAUAAACGCGGGAACAUGGCGGUGUGGUCGCCGCUCGACGAUGUGACGUUUGGUGAAGUUCUCACACUGCAGAAAAAGCAGCAGAAGAAGAAGAAGAGAUGCUUGUUCUACACAGAUGAGGAAGUGUCUGAUGGUAUGUUAGGCGUGUCUUCGAUCACGGUGGUGUGUCACGGUCACUGAUUGAACGUUUCAGCAGCCAGUUAGCUUAGCGUCACACGGUUACUGUUACCGGGGAAACAGCCAGAGUGUCAGCGUCCACGCUCCCGCCCCCUCUGAGGUUCAUUUAUAAACGUGUUUGAUACAGGGUGUGAGAAGGCUUUUACAAAUAGAUUUAGCAGGUACAAAUCGAGUCCCAGCGAAGAAAUAGUCCCAAAAAAUGAAAACCAAAAAAACACACCGCUUCUUAGAAAAGCAAAAAAACUUUAAUCAAACUUUAUCGAUAAAGCACCUUUUCAUAGAUUAGACAUUUACUGUCAACGCUAUUAAACCAAGGGAGGACAGUUGAGCUGCUCGUGUUGCAGCAAAGAAGAAAAACACCGACACACCGUGCCGCCAUGUUGAUUCAUCUGCAGGUCGAAGGGCGACGAGCGAGCAGAAAAGUGAUCGACUAAAAGAAGAAUGUUAAAAAGGAUUCAGAGAAUAAAGAGCAUGAAGGAUAGAUACGAGAAUGAAAAGAAUCCUUUUAGAGAUUAAUUCACACAAAAACAUUCAAAUGUAAAUAUUAUAAAAUGAGGGAUGAGUCGAUGAAUCGGUUUAACGCCGGAAUCAGACGAUAUCGUUGACGGACAUCGUGCCAUCGGCCGAUAAUGUGGCAUGAAGUGACGUCGCUUACUGAUGUGUAUAUACAUUUUUUUUCGCUUAUCAGAGGUCGGGUCGUGUUGGCAGCAGGCGCAGUAAGUCAUUCUGCGUUUUCCAGCUCCUCCUCCCGGUGGGGCGUGCCCGUUACAAAACCUCCAAAGUGAGGCGUCCAGGAGUCGUGAUGAUGUGUCGUAUCAGUUUAAUGCCGACAUCUAGAACGCCUGACUUCAGGUUCAGAAAACAGCCGAGGAAACAUGAGAGGAAACGUCGGCGCCGUGGGAAUCUCACAGAAAACGAAAGUCAUGAAACUAACGAUGCGUCUCUGAGUUAAAGUGUUUCAAAGAAUCCAAAACUUCAAAACACUAAAAUGUGAAUUUAGAAAUGAAAAUGGAGAGAAUAUAAAUGACAACAUGAAGACUAUAGAGUCUAAAAUCUGCGAGCUUAGCGGGAGCAGUUUUGUAGAUUUGAGCCAGGCUAACGUUUUCCACCUGUUUCUAGUCUUUAUGCUAAGCUAAGCUAACAGGCUCCUGCAUGUAGCUUCAGAUUUACUGCACACACACACACACACACACAUACACACACACACACGACUGUUCUCAUCAUGACUCAGCAAAGAGAAAACAAACUGUUUCUAAUAUCGUCUUCAGGAAACUAGAAUUUAGAUUUGAUACGAUUCUGGUAAAAACUGAAAUAACGAUACCUGUUUCUAUAUCGUGGCAGCAAAAGUAGAAGUCUUUGGCAUCCGAUAUUUGAAUCCUUUCUUAUUUUUAAAUCAAUAAAAGAUGCAGAGACUCCUGCACUCGGUCCAAAUUUGCACAAAAUCACUGGCAAUGUUUGUGUACCAAAGUGUUCCUGAUGUUUCAGUGCAGGUUAGUGCUCACCUGUCGAAUGAACACGAUGAAGCUUUUGGUGCUUUUUGAUACAAUCAGAGAUUAUAAAACAUGUGGUAUCCAAAAGAUGUUUCAGCUCUGACAGCGUUUGUUUGCUGCAGCUGAGAGAAAACCGAGAGUGACACACCGCUCUGUGAAUCGACGUCCAGCCGACGCAUACCAUCAGAUGACUGAGUAAAGAUGGCGUCAGGUGAGCUGAUCCCUGAAGGACACCUGAGUGUACAUAAAGCUUCCUGUUAAUACGUCCUGCUAGAUGGUUUUUUUUCUGAAUCAGGAGAAUCUAAGAGUUUGUUUUUUGAAAAUACUCCGCUUGCUUUGAUUUUGAUUUGUGAAGUGUUAACGUGGCUAAAAAGCUUUUGGAUAAAUAUAUUAAAAAACAUAACGCGUGAGAGACUUUACAUUGAAGUAAUUUGAGAUUCUGUUGGAUGGAUAAAUAUAUUCUGUGUGUGUGAUCUCCUCUGCACGUCGUAGUGAAGCGUCUGAAUCAGUUUAUCUGUGUCUAGAUUUCUAAACUUGUUUCUUUCCCUCCUGCACGUUGAAGAAGCUCACGACGGCUUUGUGUCUCGUCUCUUCACAUGUAAAGAAAACAAUAAAAGGAUGACAUUUAUCACUGCAAA